AUGCGCCUCUCAAACCUCACCUUCUUCACCCUCACUACCCUCUCCUUCGCAUCCCCCCUCCUCUCCCCCCGCCAAGCCCCAGAAUCAUCCAUCGAAUCCCUCCUAACCACUCUCUUCGCAACCGUCCAAACCUACACCGGCGCAAUAAAUGCCACCCUAGCCCCACUCACCCCUUCCUCCCCGUUGCUAGAAAAAGCAGCAGCAAUCCCGCAGAUCGCGUCUCAAAUCACAAAAAUCACGCUAGCUAUCCAGUCCACUGCCGCUGAAAUACGU